UGUGCAUAAAAUUGUUUCAGGUUAAUCUGAGAUGUGGUAGUCAGUAAAACUCUUAAAAACAUUCAGAUAUCUGUUGUUCAUUUAGGUGAGGAGCUACAUCCGUGAGCACAGUCCACGGCAGCGUCCCAGCAUGACACGUGAUGGCUGGAAGAGGAGCAUGGCGAGCAGUGGCAGCACCAGCGGUGUCAGUGCUCACAGCAGUAGUAAUGCCAGCAUGGUAAGCAGUGCCAGCAGUAGCACCGCUUCCACGGGGUCCAAUUCCUCCACAAGCAUCAGCCGUGCACACAGUGAUGGAAACCUGGCCACUGCUGCAGAGCGAAUACGAGACUCUAAGAAACGCUCCAAGCAGAGGAAAAUGCAGCAGAAGGCUUUACGUAAGCGCCAGCUGAAGGAGCAGAGACAGGCUCGCAAAGAGAGAUUGAGUGGUCUCUUCCUGAAUGAGGAGGUCCUUUCACUUAAAGUCACAGAGGAGGAAGACCGUUGUGAUGAUGUUGAUGUAUUGAUGUGACGAGAAUGAAUUAUUCAGUGUUCCUUCUAAGCCUCUUCCAUGCAGCAUUAAUUACUCUGUUCUAGACAUCUCUCGGCAAUCAGGGGCCUGAUGUAUAAAUGUUGUGUAUGCGCAAAAAAGGCAUUGAAAUGUGUGUACGCAAUUUUCCAUGCACAUAUCAGGAUUUAUAAAAAUAAACUUAGUGUAAAUAUGUGCGCACCGUCCGCACACUCUAGACCUUGCGUACGCACUCUUUUACUGGAGUGAGCAAAGUAAUGAAGUAAAUAGAAUGAUUUUAAACUCUGUUUUCAUUUUGCUACACAUUUAGAUUAAAUAUUCCACUCUCAUUAAUGGAGUUGAAGGCACAGUAUGUAAGUUUCGCUGCUAGAGGUCAUUUUUUUCAAAACAAUAAUAAAGGCGUGAAAUCAUGGUAGUUCAUGGUAGUCGUAUUCACUUCCACAGCCAAUGGAAAGCAAUCCAACAAGACUCGGCAGAAAUCAUGCUCAUGGGUGAGCUAAUGUAUUAAAGUUAAAAUUAACUUUAUUGUGGUCUGAAGCGGGGCGGGGCCAAGAGCCUGGGACAGUUUACGUUGCUGUUUUUAUAAUGCUUAUAUGCCGCAGUCAGCCGCUGCUGCUCCUUAUGUUUUCUUGUUUAUUUUACAAUUAAAGUUAUGUUUAGCAUCCGCCUCCUUCUCUGAACUUUGUUACAGUUACAUUUGAUCACUUAAAUUCACUUUAUUUUAUUUCAUUCUAAUAAAACAGCUGCAAGUGCUGAACUACUCAAACAGGUCACUUUAUCUGACAAAUUAUAAUUGUAAGUUAAAGCAGCACUGUUUUACUUGGUCAAAACAAUCAUACUAAAAUACUUUGUGUUUGUUUAAAGUCGUUUCAACAUUACUUUGUGCGUUAGGCUUGGUUGCUGGUAUGAGAUACUUGUUGCACACUUUAAUAAGCUAGAUCGAUAUGAGAAUAUAUUAAUAAAAACUGGAUGACUUGUGUUGGUAAAUGGCAUGCAAUUAAUUUUAAAAUAUAUUGCAUGGUGGAGAAAAUGCUGUAUUACUGUUACUACAAAUAAAGCUCUUUCUGAUUAAGCUAUGUUAGUCACAUGAUAAAAUAGUGCUGUCUCUGAGGCAUGGUACAAACAUGUUACGGUAAAUCAAGAAAGAUUCAAAUAAAGCCCUAUUUGGACAGUAAGUGUUUCUCAUAGGGAUGUACGGUAUUUUCAACAUUUACAGGGGCUGGUCAGUGAUUUUAUUGCUGUCCGAAUCCAGAAUGUCAGUGUUUUUCUCCCACCAUCCACAUAAAAAUCCCCGGCCAAAUUACCUACUGUUUUUCGACAAAUGCCAAGGUCAUGUGAUAAUUUAAUUGCAUCCGAAUCCACAUCUCUCUAGUUUACAAGAGGAGAUUAAUACAAAAUUCACUGUACGAUAACUGUUGUGCUUCACUGUAAUUUGCAUGCAUUUUAAAUAUGUACAUUUUUAUUACUGAAAUGCUGGGAAGUAUUUACAAGAACUAUUUCAUCACCGUUUCACCUUAGCAAAA